ACAGACCACUAAAAAUACAAUUAUUUGCGCUUGUGUAAUAUGUUUUUUUGCGCUAUACCCGACCGCAAAUCUAAAAGAAUCAAUUUGUCGCAUGUCGAAUGCGGUGCGCAUAGGGUCCACCCUAGAGACUAGAGCCUGACUUCAUCGAAGACCAUGCUGCUCUACUCCAAGUUCCUAUCGACAGCUCUGACGGUGGCCAGCGCCAACAGCUCCUCCGAUGGCCCUGUGCUGCUCAUCCAAACCACAUCCGCACCAGCUGCUGGAGAAGCCCUGACAGCCGGAGCCAAGGUGGCUGGUGGCGUGCCCUCGAUGAACUCCUACCUGGUCAGCAUGGCGUGGCCCAAAUCGCUGGCCGUGGCCGUCUUCCUGGUCCUCAUCCUGGUCACCGUGGUGGGCAACACACUCGUCAUCCUCGCCGUGCUGACCACACGCCGCCUGCGCACCGUCACCAACUGCUUCGUGAUGAACCUGGCCAUCACCGAUUGGCUCGUGGGCACCUGUGUGAUGCCUCCCUCGGUGGUGCUCUACAUAACAGGCACCUGGCGCUUCGGCUGGAUACUGUGCGACAUUUGGAUCUCGCUGGACAUCCUGCUCUGCACCGGCUCCAUCCUCAGCCUGUGCGCCAUCAGCCUGGACAGGUAUCUUGCCGUCACACAACCCUUGACGUACUCCAAGAAGCGCCGCUCCAAGCGACUGGCCCUGCUCAUGAUACUCGUCGUGUGGAUAACGGCCCUGUCAAUCACGUGUCCACCCUACUUGGGCUGGUACGAGGCGGGCAGGCACCAGGCGGAGUUCGUGGACUGCCGCUACAACCAAAACAAGGGCUACGUGGUCUUCUCGGCCAUGGGAUCGUUCUUCAUCCCCCUCACGGUGAUGCUGUACGUCUACGUUAAGAUUGGUUAUGUCCUCACGUCACGGCGACAGCGCAUUGUGCGCGAUGCGAACUCGGAGCGCACGGCAGACUACGAUGUGGAUGGGGACAACUUCAUCUCGGAGUCGGAGCACUAUCACUGCACGCCAACCAAGUGGCUGCCGAACAGGAAGUCCCGCUGGCGGUUCAACUCCCUGCACGACCCACCACCACCAGGCAGCACAAAUGCGUCCAAGGGACAGCAGUCCUCGUCCGUCAAGUGCUCCAAGUGCUCCUCCACUGGCACUGGAGUGGCUGGUGGUGGUGCUGGGACGCCAGUGGUGGACAAAACGCUGACGUUCAAGCACCAGCCCACCUUUUACGAGCUGGUCGAGGUGUCGCGUCUCUCCUCGCUCAUCCACUGCUCGGCAAUUAGCUGCAAGUACGGCGGACCCUGCAUGCACUCCACGCCCUCGGGGAUGCACUACGUCGGCACGGAGGCCUCCUUUUCGGACACCUGCCUGGGUGCCGCCUCCGCAGGCGCCGCCUCUGCCACCUCUGCGCUGGAGGUCGCCACCACCGAGAAGCUGGAGGCGGAGGUCAAACAGAUGCCGCACCAUCAUCAUCAUGGCUCCCAGAACCAUCAUUCGCAUCAUCACAACCAUCAUCAUCGCAUGCCGAUGCGAGUCUCGACCACGAAACGUGAUAGCAAGACCGCCAAGACCCUGACAAUUGUGAUGGGCGGCCUAAUUGCUUGCUGGCUGCCCUUCUUCGUCUAUUAUCUGCUGAUUCCCUUCCUGCCGCGCCCCGCCGUCCUCGAGGACCUCAUGUUCGGCUUCACCUGGAUUGGCUGGGUCAACUGCGCCAUCAACCCGUUCAUCUACGCCUUCUACAAUCCGGACUUUCGCACUGCCUUCUGGCGGCUCACCUGCCGGCCCAUCUGCAAGCAGAAGCGUCCGCCCAACCACCUGGCCAUGUUCCGUGGCUAG